GUUCACUUCUUUAACUGAGAUGGACAGAGCAUAAUCUCCACUGAGUCGAAGAAUGGCAUCUAGCCCUGUGCUUCCCACCGAAGAUGAACCUGCUUCCUUGGGCAUUGAUGAUCUCCAUAUUUCACUGCAAGCUGAACAGGAAGACACUCAGAAGAAAACCUUCACCUGCUGGAUAAACUCACAGUUGGCCAAGCACAAUCCUCCCUCGGUUAUAUCAGACCUAUUCACAGACAUUAAAAAGGGACAUGUCCUCCUGGACCUGUUAGAAGUACUUUCCGGACAACAGCUGCCUCGAGAUAAAGGAUCUAAUACAUUCCAGUGUAGAAUCAAUAUAGAACACGCCCUGACAUUCCUAAAGAACCAAUCAAUCAAACUAAUAAAUAUUCAUGUUACUGAUAUCAUAGAGGGAAACCCAUCCAUUAUUCUUGGCUUAAUUUGGACAAUUAUACUGCACUUUCAUAUUGAGGAGCUUGCCCGGACUCUUUCUUGUGAUUACAAUCAGACAUCCCUGGAGGCUGUGAGUGUGGUUGACUCAUCUCCUACCUCAAGUCCUCCAGCUAAAAAAUGCUCCAGAGCCCAAGCAAGAUGGCAGAUGUCUGCAAAGAAGGCUCUUCUUCUGUGGGCUCAGGAGCAGUGUGCCACGUUUGAGUCUGUCAGUGUGACAGAUUUUAAGUCAAGCUGGAGAAACGGGGUGGCGUUUUUGGCUAUCAUUCAUGCCUUGCGACCAGACCUGAUUGACGUGAAGAGUGUGACGCAUAGAUCCAACAAGGACAAUCUAAAAGAGGCCUUCAGAGUCGCAGAACAAGAAAUGAAAAUCCCCAAAUUGCUGGAGCCAGAAGAUGUGGAUGUCAUGAACCCUGAUGAGAAGUCCAUCAUGACCUAUGUGGCACAAUUUCUGCAAUAUUCCAAGGAUGCCCCCAGGACUGGAGAUGAAGCUCUGGGAAGGGUAAGGGAUGCUAUGGUCUGGUUGACUCUGCAAGAGGAAAAACUCCAGAAGAUGCUAAACGAUUCAGAAAACGAGACCUUUUUAAAAAAGUAUCAUAAUCUGCUGUCCUUCAUGGAGUCAUUUGAUGAAGAAAAAAAGUUCUUUUUGGAUGUUCUGUCACAAACAAGGAAUCUGGGUGAGCUGAACGAAGAUCAGCUAAAGUUGAGAGAAACCUGGGACGGCCUCAAUCACCAGAUGAAAGCUUGGAAAACAGAGCUGAAUUAUGCCCUGCCACCACCCCUCCAACAAAUUGAAGCUUGGCUCCAGGAGGUGGAAGUGCUUAUGGAAGAAGAUUUGCCAACCUCUCAGGAUUACUCGGAAGCCAUGACUCUGAUACAAGAGAAAAUAACUUUAUUCAAGCAUCUGAUGGAUAGAUUUGACUGUCAUUCGAACAGUCUCCUUACAUUUGAAAAUAGAGAUGAAAACCAUUUGCUGUUGGUACCACCUAACAAACUGGAUGAAAUGAAAAGACGAAUCAACAACAUUUUGGGAAAGAAAUUCAUUCCACUUCUAGAAUUUCAUUACUAUAAAUGCUCAGUUCUUGGUUUGCUAGAUGAAGUGAAAUCAAAAUUGGAUAUUUGGAACAUUAAAUAUGGGAACAGAGAAUCUGUGGAACUAUUGCUGGAAGACUGGCAGAAAUUUAUUGAGGAAAAAGCGUUCCUAGCUCAACUUGAUACUGGUUUUCGAAAAUGUGAAGAAAUUUAUAAGAAUUUGGCUGGAGAAUAUCAGAAUAUUAAUAAACAGUAUAUGAUGGUGAAAUAUAAUGUUUGUAUGUAUAGAAAAAAUAUAUCAAAUGUGAAGUCCACGCUACAGAAAGUUCUGACAUGCUGGGCUACUUAUGUGGAAAAGCUUCAUUCCCUAAAGUCGUGUUUUGAGGACACGAAGAAGGAACAAAUUAAAGAGAUUCCCUUUGAGACACUAUCACAGUGGGAUGCAGAACAUACUACUUUAAACGAAGCAGGAAAUUUCUUAAUCGAAGUCAGCAAUGAUGCAGUUGGAUCAUCCAUUUCUAAGGAACUGAGAAGGCUGAAUAAAAGAUGGAGAAAAUUUAUUUCCAAAACUCAGCUUGAAAUGAAGCUGCCACUUAUUAAAAAACAGGAUCAGCCCAUUUUUGACAAUCCUGGAAAUGUUCUGUCUGUAGAAGAAAAGCCAACAGUUGAGUUUUCAACGGAUGUGUCAAUAAAACGUUCUGAAGAUUGUGAUCGGAACAUAAAGGCUGGCAAGCAUGAACUAGAAAUCAAAGAAUUCACAGGGCAACUGAAAGUGACAGAAGAGGUAGAAAAACUCAUUGAACAAGUGGAAAUCUGGGAGGCAGAAAGCAAAUCUGUCUUGGAUCUGCUGAGACAUCAAGAAGAUGUGGAUACCCCAGUGAAAGAAUCUUUGCAGCAUCUCAUCGCCAAGGGCUCUAUGUAUGAUGAACUUAUGGCUAGAACGGAAGAUACUUUACAAAUGGAUAUACAAAAUAUUUCAAGCCAAGACUCUCUUCAACACGUGCUCACGGCUGGGCUUCAGGCAAAGAUUCAAGAAGCGAAAGAGAAAGUCCAGAUCAAUGUGAUAAAACUCACUGCUGUAUUGAAGAACUCAACUGACGUUUCCCCAGAACUGGAUGUCAGACUGAAGAUGGAAGAAUCCCAGAAGGAACUUGAAGCCUACAUUACGAGGGCUGAGCAGUUACUUGGGAAAAGAGAGAACCCAAGGGGACUCAUUUCAAAAUACAAGGAAGCACUAAUAAUUUCUAAUACAAAAAGUCUGGCCAAGUAUCUGAAAGCUGUUGAAGAACUAAAAAAUAAUGUCACUGAGGACGAAAAGAUGUCUUUGGAAGAUAAGAGUAGAGACGUCUGUGCCAAGUGGGAGUCUCUUCAUCAGGAGCUGUCAUUGUAUGUUCAGCAACUAAAAAUAGAUAUUGAAAAAGGAAAGCUUAAUGACAAUAUUUCAAAACUUGAAAAGCAAAUAAAUAAAGAAAAGAAACUUAUUCGGAGAGGAAGGACCAAGGGUCUCAUCAAGGAACAUGAGGCUUGCUUUUCUGAGGAAGGCAGUCUGUCCCAGCUUCGUCACCACAUGGAUGCCCUGAGGGGGCUAUGUGAAGAACUGACUUCACAGAAGAAGCAACAGGAAGUGAAGAGACUACUCAGAGAUUACGAGCAAAAGAUAGAAAGACUUCUUAAAUGUGCUUCUGAGAUUCACAUCACACUGCGGUCCGCACUGGGAGGCCCAUUGAAAAACGAGGGGACCAUGACCACAUCUGAGGAUACAGGAAGAGAUUCCCAUAGUGAGGUACCAUUUGCCAAAUCGGACAAUCAGCCAUCAACCAAAAAGGCAAUGGAACCCAUUACAAAUUUUAGCCUGGCAUCAGAGGAAAAGCCUCAAGAAGAAGAAAGCAUUAUGGAGAAGUAUGAAAAGGGUCCUGGUGCAUCUAUAAACAGUUUACUAGAGAGAUAUGAUACACACAGAGAGAUUCUUGAACUACACCUGCAAAACAACAAAUCCAGGGUUAUUUCUGAUUUCUCUCCUGAAAAGGAAAGAGAUAGUUCUUGUCUGCAGGAUAAACUGAUAGAUCUACAGGACUUAAAGAAUGAAACUGAUGCUUGCUGGAAAGAGUUUGAAAUCACUUCACUGAAGUUAGAAAAUCUUGUGGAUGACAUCAAGAAGCAUUUUAUAGUUAAGGAAAGAGACAGACUAAAAGAAGAAGAAAGAGAGCUUCAGAUAACUCUUAAUGCCAGGAUGGAGUCUUUGAAGAUGGCGCUGCAGAUUGUGUGCCCCGUGGAGGAGGAAUCACGCGCCCUCUGUGGCUCAGACCUGCCUCUCCAGGAAGUGGCCAUCCAGGAAUUUCGUCUCAUUGAUGCUGAUGGCAUUUAUCAAAACCUCAGGAAUAUCCAAGAUUCCAUAGCAAAGCAGAUUGAAAUAUGUAACAAUUUAGAAGAGCCGAACAACUUUGUAUUAAAGGAAUUACACCCAUGUGAUCUACAUGCAACACAGAAUAUUAUACUGAACUAUAAAACACAACUUGAAGAAAUGAACCACAAGGUGCAGACCAGGGAGGAUGCCCUCAAAGUUCUGGAAGAUUUUUUGGCGUCUCUCAGAACAGCCAAAUUCUCUGUUGAACCCAUUAGAGACCUUUCAGCCUCAGAUACACAGGUAGCCCCAGAAAGUACUUUGAUGGUAAAAACAGAGGGAGAAAUUUAUCUGAUGAAAGACAAGGCCAGACAUUUGGAUAAACAGUUGAAGAUGCUUGAUAUGAGCUUUAAAGAUGCUGAGCGGGGUGAAGACAUCUCCUGUGAACAACUUCUCGAUGCUUUGUCAAUAAAGUUAGUUGAGACCCUUGGCUGCAGUGCCCAGGAGGAGCUCACUGAGGAAAGCAAAUUCCUAGAGGCUUGUCUUCUGAAAAAUAAUGAACUCCUUAAAAAUAUUCAAGAUGUGCAGCAUCAAAUCAGUAAAAUUGGCCUUAAGGAUCCUACUGUUCCAGCUGUGAAACAUCGGAAGAAAUCAUUACUCAGACUGGAUAAGGAUCUAGAUGAAUAUGAAGAAGAGAAGAAGCAUUUACAAGACAUGGCCAGUUCUCUUCCACACUUCGAAGAUGGCAGAGAAAAAACCCUGAAUCAACAGUGCCAAAAUACCAUACUCUUGUGGGAAAAUACCAAAGCUUUGGUCACAGAAUGUCUUGAACAAUGUGAAAGAGUUUUGGAGCUCUUAAAGCAAUAUCAGAAUUUUAAAAGUAUCUUGACAACUUUGAUUCAAAAGGAAGAGACUGUCAUCUCCUUGCAGGCUUCAUACAUGGGAAAGGAGAACCUGAAGAAAAGGAUCACGGAGCAACUGUCUGAAGAGGACAGAGAAAGACUGAAGGAAGAGUUACAGGUCCAUGAACAAAAAACUUCAGAAUUUUCUAGAAGAGUGGCUGAAAUACAGUUUCUGCUUCAAAGCACUGAAAUACCUCUUGAAUUGCAGGUCAUGGAGUCCUCUAUUUUGAACAAGAUGGAACAUGUGAGAAAGUGUUUAACAGGAGAAUCCAACUGCUAUGCGCUCAGUGGCAGCACAGCUGAGCUAAAAGAGGAUCUUGACCAAGCCAAGACCCAGAUCGGGAUGACCGAAUCCCUCCUAAAAGCCCUGUCUCCUUCCGACAGCUUGGAGAUCUUCACUAAACUAGAGGAAAUACAGCAGCAGAUUCUACAGCAAAAGCACAGUAUGAUAUUACUUGAGAAUCAAAUAGGUUGUCUGACUCCUGAGCUCUCUGAAUUGAAAAAGCAAUACGAAAGUGUCAGCGAUUUAUUUAAUACCAAAAAAAGCGUUUUGCAAGAUCACUUUUCUAAGUUAUUGAAUGAUCAAUGCAAGAACUUUAAUGACUGGUUUAGCAACACGAAAAUGAGCCUUAAGGAGUGUUUUGAAUCAUCAGAAACAAAAAAGAGUGUGGAACAAAAGCUACAAAAACUUUCUGAUUUCUUGACUCUUGAAGGAAAAGGCAGUAAAAUCCAGCAGGUGGACACUGUGCUGAAGCAUGUGAAGAAGCAUCUGCCCAAAGCACAUGUUAAGGAGCUUAACAGUUGGCUUGUGGGGCAAGAAAUUGAAUUAGAAAAAAUGGAGUCCAUAUGCCAGGCACGAGCAAAGGAGCUUGAUGACUGCUUGCAGCAGCUGCUAAGACUCCAAGAUGACCACAGAAACCUGAGUAAGUGGUUGACUAAUCAAGAAGGGAAAUGGAAAGAAAUGGAAGAAUGUGGAGAGAAAACGGAGCUACUUUGCCAAGCUCUAGCGAGAAAGAGGGAACAAUUUGAAUCUAUGGCCCAGCUGAACAACUCUUUGAAGGAUUAUGGGCUUGCUGAAGAAGAAGUAAUGACGGAAUCAACACAUGUGAUUGCUCAAUACCAGACAUUAUUGAGACAAUUCGGUGAAAUUGAGGAAGAGGAUAAGUUACCACCUGCCGAAGACCAGAGCUGUGAUGAUCUUGCCCACGAUGUCAUUCACUGGAUAACAGAGAUUAAAGAGUCCCUUAUGGUUUUGAAUUCAUCUGAAGGCAAAAUGCCACUUGAGGAAAGAAUCCAAAAAAUAAAGGAAAUCAUUUUACUAAAGCCUGAAGGGGAUGCCAAAAUAGAGACCCUCAUGAAGCAGACUGAGAGUCGUGAGGUUCCACUGGCUCAGAAGACCCUGACUGAUAUCAGCAAUCAGUGGGACAACACUCUCCAUUUAGCCAACACAUAUCUGAGCCAUCAAGAAAAGCUUCUGCUGGAAGGAGAGAAGUAUUUGCAGAGUAAGGAGGAUCUGAGAUUAAUGCUCACAGAACUGAAGAAGAAGCAGGAAGCAGGCUUUGCUCUACAGCCUGGUCUGCAGGAGAAGAAAACCCAGUUAAAAAUUUAUAAGAAGUUCCUCCAGAAAGCACAAGAUUUGACAUCCUUGCUAAAGGAGUUAAAAUCGCAAGGAAAUUACCUCUUGGAGUGCACUAAAAAUCCCAGCUUCAGUGAGGAGCCUUGGCUGGAAAUAAAACAUCUACAUGAAAGUCUUCUUCAGCAACUACAGGAUUCUGUGCAAAAACUAGAAGGUCACGUCCAAGAGCACCACUCAUACCAAGUUUGUGUCACAGACUUAAAUACUGCAUUGGAUACUUUCUCCAAGGAAUUUGUCAGUUUUUCUGAGAAGCCUGUGGAUCAACUAGCAAUUGAGAAAAAAUUGCAGAAACUGCAGGAACUAGAGAACAGACUCAGUUUACAAGAUGGCAUGUUAAAGAAGAUUUUAGUUUUAGCAAAGUCCAUCAAGCAAAAUACAUCUUCAGUGGGACAGAAGAUUAUUAAGGAUGAUAUCAAAUCACUUAAGUGUAAACAAAAAGAUUUGGAAAACAAACUUGAAUGUGCUAAGCAGGAGAUGGAAAAUUGUCUCAACAGCAUUCUCAAAUCAAAAUUUUCAACAGAAGAGAAAGGAAAGUCUGCUUUGCUAGGCAGAGAGGCGCUGGCCACUUCUGAGGUGCAGGAGUCUUCUCAGGAACCAGCGGCCACAGAAAAGUUAGAGGAGGACUGGAAAGUAAAUAAGAAUUCAGCUCUGGAAACGGUUAUGUCAAAACAACUUUCUCUUGAUGUUCAAGAAAGCAUGAAAAACACUGAAAAUGAGCAGAAAGUCAAUGAGCUGCAAAAUCAACCUUUAGAAUUAGAUAUUAUGUUAAGAAAUGAACAAUUAAAAGAGAUAGAGGAAUUGUAUACCCAGUUAGAAGCAAAGAAAACAACCAUUGAGCCACUGGAGCAAUCAGAAUGUCUCAGUGAAACAGAAGCAAGUUCCGUGGUUCUCCACAAUGCAGAAUAUUUGGUGCACCACCUUGACAAUCUGCUUCAGACACUUAUUACUUUGAAGAAAAAUAAAGAAAGCCAAUAUUGUCUCCUCAAUGAUUUUCAGGAACACCUCACGGCACUUGAAUCCUCCAAAAAAGACUUGUUGACAGACAAGGAAAGUCUAAAAGUGGGACCACUGGACAGUGUCACAUAUCUGGACAAUAUUAAAAAAUUCCUAGCAUCCAUAGAAAAAGAUAAAGGUUCUUUAAGCCAUCUGAAAGUCCAGUGGGAGAAUUUAUCAAGCCAUGUGACUGACAUGGAUAAGAAGUUGGUGGAAAGCCAGAUUAAGCAACUGGAACAUGGUUGGGAACAGGUGGAGCAGCUGCUUCAAAAGAAGUAUUCUCAGCAGGUGUUGGAGUAUGGUGAAUUUACAUCCCUCAUGAAUAAGAUACAAGACACUGAGGUUUCUUUGCAGCAACAGCAGCAACGUCUGCAGUUAAGGCUCAACUCUCCAGAAGAACAGGAGGGGAACCAAAGCAUGAUUGCCUUGGCCACUGACCUUCAGGCUAUGAAGUAUGGCUUUUGUCUUUUAAAAGGGCAAGCUGAACUUCAGAUGAAGAGGAUUUGGGGAGAAAAAGAAAAGAAGAUUUUGGAGGAUGCUAUAAAUAAUUUGAAGAAGCAGUUGGAAGCACUGCAGCCAUUAUAUCUUGAGGUGGAAAAUUGGAUUAAGAAGUGUGACAUGAGGAACAAGGUGAAGGAGACAGUCUCAUGGAUCAAGAAUCUAUUAGGUGAACUCAGUUCCCCCAUUUCCCUUUUCCCAGAAGAAAUUCUUUCACAGAUCCGGAAAUGCAAGGUGAGGCAUGAUGGCAUUCUGGGUAGGCAGCAAGCUGUGGAAUCACUGGUUGAAGAGGUCAAAAAUAAUAUUCCUAGCCUCACAGACUAUGAGGGUGAUGAUUUAAAUAGUCUCCUCGAGGACUUACAGAAGCAAUACCAAAUGCUGGUUUUAAAAUCAACUGAAAGAUCACAGCAAUUAGAAUUUAAAUUGGAAGAAAGAAGCAAAUUUUUUACAGUGAUAAAGAAGUUUCAGCUUACACUUCAAGGAAAUGAAACACUGAUAAUUCCCAAGGUGGAAGCAAUCUCUACAGAAACUGAACUGGAAAAUCAUCAUGCCACUUUGACGGCAUCUCAGAAGGAACUGGGAGAAAUUGCAAGUGUGAUCACAACACAUCUUCAGGAACUAGCAAAUAUCUGUGAGGAUCUAAAUGUGUUUGAAAGGUUAUUUCUGGAUGAUCAAUUUAAAAAUCUUAAGACUAGAGCCAACAGAACACAAAGAUUCAUUCAGAAUAAAUGUAAUGAAGUAGAACACAAGAUAAGUUUAUACAAAGAAUUUCAUGAAAAAACAUCUGUGCUUCAGAACGAGGUUGAAGGUAUACCACACAAUGAACUACUGAAUCAAGAAAUAAAUCAAGAUAUGAAAAAGGAGCUCUGUAAUCUUAAAAACAGACUCACUGGCAUUCAGUGUAGCGUCAUUCAAGUCUUGAAAUUUAAAAAAGUGUUUGACUAUUUAGGACUAAAAUGGGAUUGUUCACAACUUGACCAAUUACAGACCCAACUACUUGAAAAAGAAAAGGAACUUGAAGAAAGAAUUAAGCAGUUGGACACAUUUGAGGUGGAACUUGGCAAAUAUAGAGCAUCACUAAGUAAAAUGAAGGCUAUGGAUUUGCAAAUUAAGAAAAGGACUGAAGCAGUUCGAAAAACACCUCAUACCUCACCAGAAAGCAGUCUGCUCAGUGCUCAAAUCUUGAGUCAGAGAAUUGAGAAAGCCAAGCAUUUAUAUGAUGAGAUAAUAAAGAAACUAAAUGAAAAUAAGGCCUUUGAUGACUCAUUCAAAGAGAAAGAAAUACUGCAAAUAAAACUGAACACAGAAGAAAAUGAGGCGUUACAUGAGGUUCUCCAAAGCAUGAUACUAGAAUUCCAACCAAAAGAAAUGGAUGAAAAGAAUUUUCAGAACAAAUUAGAAAAUUCUUUACAUGUUUUAAAUCAGAUAAACUCUCAAUUACAGCAGCCUUUACUUAUAAAUUUGGAAAUUGAACAUAUUCAGAAUGAAAAGGACAAUUGUGAAGCAAUUCAGGAACAAGUUCAGGCAGAAAUGUACAGUAUUAAAGCUGUGACUGUUACUGAGAUGCAAAGCAAAGAAAACUCUCCUGAAACUAGUGAUGUGGAGACAAAAUUACACGACAUUGAAGCUCUUCAAAUGCAGCUUAGCACAAGCAUUGAUUUACGUACCAAUAUCUUGAAUGAUGCUUAUGAAAACCUAACACGCUAUAAAGAAGCAGUCACCAGGGCAGUAGAGAUCAUUGCUUCCCUUGAAGCUUCCAUUGCAACCCAUAGAGUUGACCUUGACAGCCCGGAAAAAUCCCUAGCGAUGCCUCUUUGGGAGCAAGAGGAGUUGGAAUCCACACUAGCAGUCAUUGAGGACCUCACCGAGAAACUGGGAACUAUAUCCAGCCCUGAAGCCCAGCUACAACUUCAGUGUACUUUACAGAAACUUGUUUGUAAGAAUUUAGCUUUGAAGGAAGCCACCAAAGUAAAGGAAGCUGAGUUAGAAAGGUAUCUUGAAAAUUACAAAUGCUAUAGAAAAAUGGAAGAGAAAAUUUGCACUAACCUCAGCAAAAUGGAGACAGUUCUUGGGCAGGCCAUGUCUCUAACACCGGUGUCUUACAAAGAAGCUUUGGAACGCUGGGAACAGAGCAAGACCUUGGUGUCGAAUCUUCUAUUAACCAAAGAAGAGUUAAUGAAACUACGGCAGAGCCUCAGACACUUGAGACCCAGGUGCACAGAAAAUGAUGGCAUGUGUUUGCUCCGAACCAUGUCUGCCCUGUGGGAAAAAUGGCUGAGUUUACUGGAAGCUGCCAGAGAGUGGGAGAUGUGGUGUGAAGAACUGAAGCAAGAGUGGAAAUUUGUCAGUGAAGAAAUGGAGCGAGAAGCAAUUAUUUUGGAUAAUCUUCAGGAAGAACUCCCUGAAAUUUCGAGAACAAAAGAGGCAGCCACCACAGAGGAGCUCUCUGAGCUGCUGGACUAUGUACGCCAGUAUGAAGAGAAUGUGGAGAAGCAGCAGCUGCUACUGACUCUACUUCUUCUGCGCAUCAAAAGUAUCCAGAAUGUUCCAGAAAGCUUAGGGACUGUGGAAACUGUUCCAGCAUUUCAAGAGAUUACUUCUAUGCAAGAGCGAUGCACCAAGCUUUUUCAGAAAGCUCAAAAAAACAAGGAAUUGAUGCAGACUGAAAUCCAAGAAAGGCAGUCUUUCACAAAAGAAAUAAUUGCUUUGAAGAAUUUAUUUCAACAUACCAUAACUUCUUUCCAAAAUAUGGCAACACAGGACCCCCCAGAAAAGGCACAGCAGUUUGAGCAGCUUCAAAGCAUCCUUAAGAAAGGGAAGCUAACUUUUGAGAAUAUUAUGGAAAAACUGCGAAUCAAGUAUUCCGAGAUGUACACCAUAGUCCCAGCAGAGAUUGAGUCCCAGGUGGAAGAAUGCAGAAAAGCUUUAGAAGACAUAGAUGAGAAGAUUAGCCAUGAGGUCUUGAAAAGCUCACCUUCAUACACAAUGAGUCGAAAAAUAGAAGAAAUUAACAAUGGCCUUCAAAAUGUUGAAAAGAUGUUGCAGCAGAAAAGCAAAAAUAUUGAGACAGCGCAAGAAAUUCAAAAGAAAAUGUGGGAUGAGCUAGAUCUCUGGCAUUCCAAGCUAAAUGAGCUGGAUUCUGAAGUUCAGGACGUUGUUGAACAGGACCCAGGCCAGGCUCAAGAAUGGAUGGAUAACUUGAUGAUUCCUUUCCAGCAGUAUCAACAAAUGUCACAGAGAGCAGAAUCUAGAACCUCACAGCUAAAUAAGGCCACAGUCAAGAUGGAGGAAUACAGCGAUCUUUUGAAGAGCACUGAGGCUUGGAUAGAAAAUACCAGUCGCUUGCUGGCCAAUCCUGCUGACUAUGACUCUUCAAGGACUCUGAGUCACUAUGCUAGCACCCUCCAGAUGGCCUUGGAAGAUUCAGAACAGAAGCACAAUCUUUUACAUUCAAUUUUUACGGAUCUAGAAGACUUGUCAGUAAUUUUUGAAACAGAUGACUUGACAGAGUCCAUACAAGAGUUAAGUAAUCAAGUGACAGCUUUACAACAAAAAAUAAUAGAAAGUCUUCCACAGAUUCAGCGAAUGGCUGAUGAUGUGGUUGCUAUUGAGUCCGAAGUAAAAUCAAUGGAGAAAAAAGUUUCAAAAAUCAAAACUAUCCUGUUAUCCAAAGAAAUAUUUGAUUUUUCACCUGAAGAACAUCUUAAACAUGGGGAGGUCAUACUUGAAAAUAUCCAUCCCAUGAAGAAAACCAUUGCUGAGAUAGUCUCUUACCAAGUGGAACUGAGGUUGCCCCAGAUGAAAAUGAACCCUUUGCCUGUGUUUCAGCGGACAAAUCAGCUCUUACAAGACAUAAAACUGUUGGAAAAUGUGACUCAGGAACAAAAUGAGUUAUUAAAGGUAGUCAUAAAACAGACUAAUGAAUGCGAUGAAGAAAUAGAAAAUUUGAAACAGAUCCUAAAUAAUUAUUCGGCUCAGUUCUCCCUUGAACAUAUGUCACCAGAGCAAGCUGCCAACCUGCCACAAGUACAGGGAGAAAUCGAAGGAAUGGAAGAGCAGAUUCUGAAUUUGAAUCAGAAAAAAGAUGACCUGUUAGUGGACUUGAAGGCCGCCGUACUAAACCUUCACCAGCACUUGAAACAAGAACAACCAGAAGGAGAAAGAGAGAAGCUGUCAGCCGUGGCAUCCGAGGAGGGUGGAGUAGCAGGGAGGGACGUUCCUGAGUGGAAGCUGAACAGAAAGGGCUCCCUGUCUCAGCUGACAGCCGUUGAGGAAGAGGCGGAAGAAAACUCCAUGAAGAGUGAGAAUGAAGAUAAAGAAGCAGAGCCACCUUGCCCGUCUUGGUCUUUACUCUGGAAGCAUGACAGAGUCAUGGAGGAUGAUAGAGCAUCCUCAUCCUCAGGAACCGUCAUUCAGGUGGCCAAUGAGAAAAUAAGCACCUGUGCUAGUUCCAUGGUACAAAUUCUUGCACCAGACUCGCUAAACAUUGCACAAGUCCCUGAAUUUUCUCUGGAGCCCAAUCAAACAGAAGAGGGUGCCACACCUCUGAGCAAGGCUGUAGCUCUGGACUUUUCUGAGGAGCCAGGAAAUUUUGAGGCCACGGUGGAGAAAACUGGGCCCGAGCCUGCAGAAGUCCUCCAUGUCUGCAAAACCCAGGUGGCCAAGCUGGAGCUGUGGCUGCAACAGGCCAACGUGGCAUUUGAGCCGGAAACAUUAGACACAGACAUGCAGCAGGUGGUGGAACAGGAGCUGAUAGGAUGCCAGGCUAUGCUAACAGAGAUGGAGCACAAGGUUGCCUCUCUGUUGGAGAAUUGCAAAGACCAGCGCCUGGGAGACUGUGGAGCCAUUCAGCAUGAGGCUGAAGCGCUUUCCCUGAAACUGAAAACAAUCAAGUGCAAUUUGGAGAAAGUCCAGGUGAUGCUUCAGGAGAAGUACAGUGAGGAUCAGCAUUCUACCAUUCUAAAGAAACCUUCAGAGCAUCCAAAAGUUCUCCAACCAGUUAACCUUUCCGAAUUGGAAUCCAUCAUAGCCAGACGGCCACAAUUCAACAAGCAAAAGGAUUUCCAGCAGCAACAGGUUCUGGAGUUAAAACCAAUGGAACAGAAAGAUUUAAUCAAAUUCAUAGAAUUUAAUGCUAAGAAAAUGUGGCCCCAGUCUCACCAAUGUGAUAAAGAUAUAACCCAGGAAUCAUCUGUGAGCAACCAGGCAUCCAGCCCUGAAAACGAUGUUCCAGGCUCGACCUUGUCACCCCAAGGCCAAAGCAGAGAAAAAUGGCGAUACCUGCAUCAUGAACUGUCAUCAAGAAGAAGGCUGCCUCUCCCUCAGCUGGUGGAGGCUCAGGUUGCCACAAAUCUGAGUGUUCUACCUAGCGUGAGCGUGUAUAACUUUAGAUAUCCAACAACUGAAGAACUGAAAGCCUACACCAUUCAACUUGAAGACCUGCACCAAGAAGCAAAUACCCUUCAGACACAGGAAAAUGUGACAGAAGAAACAUAUAUCUGUUUGGAUAAAAAAUUAUUUGAACUGUUGCUGACCCUCAGUCAGUGCCUGGGCAGUGUGGAGGAGAUGCUGCAGACCCCGGGGCUCUUCAGAGAGGAUGCAUGUGCCCAGCAGGUGCACUGCGAGACAUUGGCUCUUGAGCUGAAGAAGCUUUAUUUAGUUAUGAGUGACAAGAAGGGUGAUAUUUUGAAAGCCUUGACUUGUCCCGGCCAGGACACCAACUUGCUCCUUGAAUGUUUUGACAACCUCCAAGUCUGCCUGGAGCACACCCAGGCUGUAGCUGCCUCCAGAAGCAAGGCCCUGAAGGCUGGCCUCGACUAUAACCGCAGUUACCAGAAUGAAAUUAAGCAAUUAUAUGAUCAGCUCAUUAAGAAUAAGACAUCUUUGCAACAGUCUUUGAAUGAAAUGAGUGCCCAGAGUCUUGCUGAACAGCUUCAGAAAGCAGAUAUGUAUACAGUGGAUCUUCAGAAUUCUGAGAACCGAGUGGCCAAACUGCGAGAUGAAGGGGAGAGGCUGCGUCUACCUUACGCGUUGCUUCAGGAGGUGUAUAAAUUAGAGGACGUACUUGACAGUAUGUGGGGCAUCCUGAGAGCCAGAUAUGCGGAGCUCAGCAGUCCUUUCGUCACUGAGAGCCAGCAGGAUGCUCUGUUGCAUGGCAUGGCAGAACUCGUGGAUAUUGGAAAGGAAAAGCUGGCCCGUGACCACAGACAACACACCAAAAGUAAAGGUGCUUUACAGGCUCAAAUACAAAACCACAAGAAUUUUUUCCAGAAGCUUGUUGCUGACAUGCUGUUGAUCCAAACAUACUCUGCCAAGAUGUUUCCUUCUUUAUUGCAAAAGAAAGAGAUAUUUUGGGCGGAACAAGUAGCAGAAGUUAAAACACUAGAAGAAAGAUCAUGCCAAUGUGGCAUGAAGCUGCAGGGUCUGUUGCAGAAAUGGGAAGAAUUUGAUGAAAAUUAUGCCUCUCUUGAAAAGGACCUGGAGAUUCUUGUAUCUACGUUGCCCUCUGUGAGUUUGGUGGAGGAGACAGAAGAAAGAUUAGCGGAAAGGAUUUCAUUUUACCAGCAAAUCAAAAGAAACAUUGAUGGAAAGCAUGUCCGGCUCUACCAAGCUCUGAAUGAAGGCAAACAGCUGGUGGCGGCGGUGAGCUGUCCCGAGUUAGAGGGGCAGAUUGCAAAGCUGGAAGAGCAGUGGCUGGCCCUGAACAAGAAAAUUGACCAUGAACUCCACAGACUGCAAACUCUCCUCAAGCAUCUGCUCAGUUACAACAGAAAUUCAGAUGAGUUGACCAAGUGGUUAGAAUCUUCUCAGCAAACUCUGAAUUACUGGAAAGAACAGUCCCUCAAUGUGUCCCAGGACUUGGAUACAAUCAGAAGCAACAUAGAUAAUUUUUUUGAGUUUUCAAAGGAAGUUGAUGAAAAGUCUUCCUUGAAGACUGCUGUUAUAAGCGCUGGGAACCAACUUCUUCAUCUGAAAGAAGCUGACACAGCUACGCUGAGAGCUUCUCUAGCACAGUUUGAACAAAAAUGGACAAUGCUCAUAACUCAACUUCCAGAUAUUCAAGAAAAACUUCACCAACUUCAGAUGGAGAAAUUGCCAUCUCGUAAGGCAAUCACAGAAACGAUUAGUUGGAUGAACAGGGUGGAGCAGCAGACUGCAGAGGAAGACGCCAUGCAUUCACCAAGCUCUGUGUCUCCAGUUAAAAACCUUCUGCAGAAGUUCAAGGAGUUUCGAAUGGAAAUGGAUUAUAAACAGUGGAUAGUUGAUUUUGUUAACCAGUCAUUACUUCAGCUGAGCACCUGUGAUGUAGAAAGCAAGCGCUAUGAAAGAACGGAGUUUGCAGAGCACCUGGGGGAGAUGAACCACCAGUGGCACCGAGUUCACGGGAUGCUAAAUGGAAAGAUACAGCAUUUAGAACAGCUUUUGGAAAGCGUCACUGAGAAUGAAAACAAAAUACAGAUUUUGGACAACUGGAUGGAGGUGCAAGAAGAGAGACUGAAAACUUUGCAGAAACCUGAAAGUGUGAUCUCAGUGCAGAAGCUGCUCCUGGAUUGUCAGGAUAUAGAAAAUCAACUUGCAAUUAAGUCCAAAGCACUGGAUGAGUUGAGAGAAAGCUGUCUGACUUUGGAGAGUGGGGCAAUGCCAUUGUUAAAAGAUACAGCAUCCAGGAUUGAUGGGCUAUUUCACAAGAGGAACAGUGUCACCACUCAGGUCAAUCAGCUCAAAACCUCUAUGCAGUCAGUUCUACAAGAGUGGAAGGUUUAUGAUAAACUUUAUGAGGAAGUGAAUAUGAUGACAAUCCGAUUCUGGUACUGCGUGGAACACAGCAAGCCUGUGGUGCUAUCACUAGAGGCCUUGAAACGCCAGGUGCAGAACCUUCAGUCUCUGCAAGAUGAAGCUGAGAGCAGUGAAGGCAGUUGGGAGAAACUCCAGGGGGUUGUUGGCAAACUCAAAGGUCUCUGUCCCUCAGUUGCUGAAAUAAUCGAAGAGAAAUGCCAAGAUACUCAUACAAGGUGGACCCAGGUAAACCAAGCCGUGGCAGACCAACUACAGAAGGCCCAGCAUCUGCUGCAACUCUGGAAGGCCUAUGGCAGUGCUCACACUGAAGCAACUACGAGGCUGGCCCAGCAGGAAGCUAAGUUUCAACAGCUCGCCAGCAUCAACAUGUCGGGAAACAACCUGGCAGAGAUCCUGCCUCCAGCCCUGCAAGACAUAAAGGAGCUACAGCAUGAUGUGCAGAAGACAAAAGAAGCCUUUCUCCAAAAUUCUACCCUCCUGGAUCGACUCCCAUCACCUGCAGAACCCAGCACCCACACACUCCUCCCUGGCCACCUGCACUCCCUCCAGAGGGCUACUUAUCUGGAAAAGAUGCUGCUUGCAAAAGCAAAUGAAGUCGAGUUUGUUCUCUCACAGUUUAAGGAUUUUGGGGACCGGCUGGAAUCUUUAAAAGGUCUUAUUAUGCACAAAGAAGAGAACUUGGAGCAUCUCUACCAACAAGAAAAAGAAGAAAACCCUGACUUAUUCUUGAAUCAUGUGCUGACACUGACGGCCCAGUCGCCUGAUAUCGAAUAUUUGAAUGAAGUGAGCCUCAAGCUCCCACUCAGUGAUGUAGCCCUAAGGACGCUACAGAAUGUGAACCGGCAGUGGAUUCGGGCCACAGCCACGGCUCUGGAGCGCUGCAGUGAGCUUCAGGGAAAUGGACUGAAAGAAAAAUUUCUCUAUUGCUGUGAAAAGUGGAUUCAACUUUUGGAGAAGAUAGAAGAGACACUCAAAGUGAACAUUGCCGACAGCCUUCCAGCUCUCCGGGAACAGCAGAAAACCUAUGAGAUGUUAGAAGCUGAAGUUUCUAUAAACCAGACAAUUGCUGAUGCCUAUGUCACCCAGUCCUUACAACUUCUGGACACAACAGAAAUACAGACAAGACCUGAAUUUGUUUCAGAAUUCUCGAAGCUGGUGGACCGAUGGCGGAUCGCCGCCCAGGGCAUUCGGCAGAGGAAGGAUGAUGUCGACGGGUGGGUGAGGAGGUGGCAGGACUUCACAACCUCCGUGGAGGACUUGCUCCACUUCCUCACUGACAUCAGCCACCUACUCUCUGCAGUUAAGGGUCAGGAGAACUACGGCCUCCACCAAAGCAGAAGCCUGAUCCAUGAGCUGAAGGAUAAACAAAUCCAUUUUCAGAGAUGGCAGACCACCUAUGCACUAACCUUGGAAGCUGGAGAAAAGUUACGGAACACAGCUAACCCAGAGACCAAAGAGUUCCUUGACAGGAGAAUCAGCCAACUUCAGGAUAGCUGGAGGGACACAGAGCUCCAACUAUCAGAGAUGAUUAAGCAGUUCCAAAGCAUUAUGGAGACCUGGGACCAGUGUGAAAAGAAAAUCAAGGAGUUGAAAAACAGGCUGCAAGUUUUGAAGGCACAGAGUAAAGACCCUCUUCCAGAACUUCACGAGGACCUUCAGAACAAAAAGGAGCUGAUGAAGGAACUGGAGAAGUCUUUGGCGAACUGGACUCAGAACUUGAAAGAAGUCCAAACUAUGAAGACAGACUUCACCGGGCACAUCCUGGCGGAAGACGUGAUGGUUUUGAAGGAGCAAAUUGAGCAUUUGCACAGACAAUGGGAGGACCUCUGCCUACGAGUGGCUAUACGUAAACAAGAGAUUGAAGAUAGACUCAAUUCAUGGGUCGUGUUCAAUGAAAAGAAUAAAGAGUUGUGCGCGUGGCUGGUGCAGAUGGAAAACAAAGUUCUGCAGAGCGCAGAUAUUAGCAUUGAAGAAAUGAUUGAAAAGUUACAGAAGGACUGCAUGGAAGAAAUAAACUUGUUUAGUGAAAACAAGUCGCAGCUAAAACAGAUGGGUGACCAGUUGAUCAAGGCCAGCAGCAAGACAAGGGCAGCUGAGAUUGAUGACAAGCUCAACAAGAUCAAUGACCGUUGGCAGCAUCUUUUCGAUGUCAUUGGAUCAAGGGUGAAGAAGUUGAAGGAGACCUUUGCUUUUAUCCAGCAAUUGGACAAAAACAUGAGCAACCUCCGUACCUGGCUGGCGCGGAUCGAGUCGGAGCUCUCUAAGCCUGUGGUCUAUGACGUCUGCAAUGACCAAGAGAUCCAGAAGAGACUGGCCGAGCAGCAGGAUCUGCAGCGAGAUAUUGAGCAGCACAGUGCAGGGGUGGAGUCUGUGUUUAACAUCUGCGACGUCCUGUUGCACGACUCGGAUGCCUGUGCCAAUGAGACCGAGUGCGACUCCAUCCAGCAGACCACCAGAAGCCUGGACCGGCGCUGGAGGAACAUUUGCGCCAUGUCGAUGGAGCGGCGUAUGAAAAUCGAGGAGACGUGGCGCCUGUGGCAGAAGUUUCUAGAUGAUUAUUCCCGCUUUGAGGACUGGCUGAAGUCAGCCGAGAGGACGGCGGCCUGCCCCAAUUCCUCAGAGGUGUUGUACACAAAUGCCAAAGAGGAGCUGAAGAGGUUUGAGGCCUUCCAGCGGCAGAUCCACGAGCGCCUUACCCAGCUGGAGCUCAUCAACAAGCAGUACCGGCGCCUGGCACGGGAGAACCGCACGGACACGGCCAGCAGGCUCAAACAGAUGGUGCAUGAGGGCAACCAGCGCUGGGACAACCUGCAGCGGCGGGUCACGGCUGUGCUGCGCAGGCUGCGGCAUUUCACCAACCAGAGGGAGGAGUUCGAGGGCACCAGGGAGAGCAUCCUAGUGUGGCUCACGGAGAUGGAUCUGCAGCUGACCAACGUGGAGCACUUCUCGGAGAGCGAUGCAGAUGACAAGAUGCGCCAGCUGAACGGCUUCCAGCAGGAAAUUACGCUGAAUACCAACAAGAUCGAUCAGCUCAUCGUGUUCGGGGAGCAGCUGAUCCAGAAGAGCGAGCCCCUGGACGCCGUGCUGAUCGAGGACGAGCUGGAGGAGCUGCACCGCUACUGCCAGGAGGUGUUCGGGAGGGUGGCCCGCUUUCACCGGCGCCUGACCUCCCGCGCUCCGGGCUUGGAAGAUGAAAAGGAGGCCUCUGAGAAUGAAACGGACAUGGAAGACCCCAGAGAGAUACAGACAGACUCCUGGCGGAAAAGGAGAGAGGGCGAGGAGCCCACGUCCCCCCAGUCGCUUUGUCAUCUGGUACCCCCCGCCCUGGGGCAUGAGCGGUCUGGUUGUGAGACCCCGGUCAGUGUGGACUCCAUCCCCCUGGAGUGGGAUCACACGGGUGACGUGGGAGGCUCCUCCUCUCACGAAGAUGACGAGGAGGUCCCAUUCUACAGUGCCCUGUCAGAUGUAGAAAUCCCUGAAAAUCCUGAGGCAUAUCUUAAAAUGACCACAAAAACUUUGAAAGCGUCUUCUGGCAAAUCCAUUUCCGAUGGCCACUCUUGGCACGUUCCAGACAGCUCCCCCUGUCCCGAGCAUCACUACAAACAAAUGGAAGGUGACAGGAACAUUCCACCAGUUCCAUCUGAUUCCAGCACCCCAUAUAAGCCACCCUAUGUAAAGCUGCUACUACCUCCGGGCACCAGUGGUGGCAAAGAAGGCCCAUGCAUCUUGAAUGGCAGCCCAGAGCAGGAUGACGAGGGACUGGCUGGCACAGGAGGACAGCAGUCAGGUGCCUUCGACAGAUGGGAGCUGGUUCAAGCACAAGGGCUUCACGAUAAACUCAGAAUUAAACAGAACUUGCACCAGCUGAACUCUGAUAUCAGCAAGAUCACCACUUGGCUGAAAAAAACAGAAGCAGAGGUGGAAAUGUUCAAGGCAGCGGAGCCUCCCUCUGACAUCCAGGAGAUGGGACUGCGGGUGAAGAGACUGCGGGAGGUUUUGAAAGCCUUUGGCACCUACAAGGUGUUAGUGGCCUCCAUCCACGCAAACAGCAAGGAAUUUCUGCAAACUGAGAACAUAGAAGCCACAGAGCUGCAGAGCCGCCUUGGCCAGCUGAGUCUGCACUGGGAGGUGGCCCAGGGCGCGGUGGACAGCUGGAGAGGGGGCCUACGGCAGUCGCUCAUGCAGUGCCAGGACUUCCACCAGCGGAGUCAGAAUCUGCUGCUGUGGCUAGCGCGGGCUGAGGAGCGGAGGCAGAAGGCUCAUGUCGCUGACCCGGAGGUGGGCUCCCAAGCUGUCCUGGAGUGUCAGAAGGAACUCAUGCAACUCGAAAAGGAGCUGGUAGAACGUCAACCUCAAAUAGACUCCUUGCUAGAGAUUUCCGACAGCCUUCUUAUCAAAGGGCAUGGAGAAGACUACAUCGAGGCUGAAGAGAAGGUCCAUGUUAUUAAGAAGAAACUCAAGCAGUUACUGGAUCAAGUGUCCCAAGAUUUAAUAUCCUUGCAGGGAAGCCAGAACCCAGACCCACCCCUGCCCGGCUUUGACGAGGUAGAUGCGGGGGACCAGCCUCCCGCAGCAUCCGUGCCUGCUCCCCGAGCAAAGGUCCAGACAGAGAGAACCACAGAAGGCGGGAAGGAGGCAGAGAGCAGGGCGCUCGGCACUGCGCGGCCCCGACGCUCCUUCCUCUCCCGGGUGAUCCGGGCGGCGCUGCCCCUGCAGCUGCUCCUGCUGCUGCUGCUGCUCCUGGCCUGCCUGCUGCCGUCCUCCGAAGACGACUACAGCUGCACUCAGGCCAACAACUUCGCCCGGUCCUUCUACCCCAUGCUGAGGUACACCAACGGGCCGCCCCCCACAUAGAGGGCUGGCCGGCCGCCGCGCCACCAGCCUGAUAGUCCGGCCUGUGGCUCCAGACCCACCUGUGCGUGACUCUCAGCAGUGGCGAGGUCCAGGGACCUGCUGCAGGUGCCUCCUGCCAGGUCCAUCCUGGGUGGAUGCUCGGGGCCCUGGAUGGCUUUCAAAGGACGUUCCCCCCCGCCCCGCCUGCCUGGGGCACGGAGUCCAUGCAGCACUGGCCCUGGCACCCUGGCAAAGCUGGUUGGUUGGUCUGGGGUCUCUGGAGUUGGCAGUUUCCUGAAGAGCCAAGCACUUUGUGAAUUCGGAUUUAUCUGUCAACAGCGUUAUUAUAAUGUAGGUAACAUGUCCACGAGCAGUGAUGUUUGUCACAUGACCUAUACGUAGAAACAGGCAAGCAGAUGCCACCCUGAAAAUGGCUCAGAACCCCCUUGCACCCUUAGCUGAUUGACUGGAGCGAUAGUUAUUUAAAAGGUUUAGAGCCAGUUUUGCUCCAGUCAGCAAUUUUGAGCUACAGGUUGUAAACCAAAAUGUUCUGUUCAGUACCUGCGUCUGCUCUUUGAUAUCGCUUUAAAUUUUUAAAGAAAUUCUAUUGCAUGGAUGUGGUUAUUUGUGCAUAUUUUUUAACAAUGCCGAAUCUGUAUGAAAAAUGUAAACUUUCUUUUUUUUUUCUUAAAGUCAGAUUUUAGCCGGAGCUUUUGACUAAUGUUCAGUAAAUGCCAAACUAUAGACUUGAUAGGGAUGUUUUUGUAAGUUAAUUUUCUAAGACUUUUCACAUCUAAAGUGACGCUUCAGAUUUUGUCUCACUGUUGCGCAGGGGUGGGGGGUGUUGGUAUAGAAACUUGAAGCUGUGAUAUGUACAACUCAGAUGUUUCUCAUUAAAAAACAAAAUUAGCCAGA